UAAGAAGCUUAAUCUAAUGGAUAACGUCGAUUUCAACAUUGCUUAAACCCUAAUCCCUCCCUCCCACUUUCUCGUUAUAUUACAUAUACUCUAAAGAUUUACCUGGAUUUCUUACAAUUGUUACCGAGAUGCAAGUGUUAGCUUGCAAUUCUCCCCUGCAAUAUCGGCGUUUCGAAAGUCCGAGACGUUUUGGUCGAAGAGAGAUUUGCUUCGAUGGAGUUUCGUCAUUUUAUUCUCAAACAGAUGCGCAGACUGAUUCUGUCGACAAUGUCUCUUAUAAGCCUGUCCAUAUUCAGAGGCUGGAUGAAAGUCACACUAAGGAUUUCGGUGAAGUAAUAUGCAACAGCAUUCCUUUCACCACUCGGCGCAUGUUGUUUGCAAGUUCAUUUAUGUGCUUAUUUUCUCGUCCUUCAAGGUAUUUCUCAGCCCAUGCUUUAGGAGAUCCAUCUAUGACGAUUGAAGAAGUAACACCUCCCAUAUUCUCAUCUGGGAUGCUCUUUCCUUCUGAGGAAAGAAUUGUUAAACUCUUUGAGAAGAACACUUUCUCUGUUGUCAACAUUUUUGAUGUAACGUUGCGCCCUCAACUUAAUGUAACAGGCGUUGUUGAGGUUCCUGAAGGAAAUGGUUCUGGAGUAGUCUGGGACAAGCAAGGGCAUAUUGUGACAAACUAUCAUGUGGUUGGUAAUGCUCUCUCAAGGAAUCCAAAUCCUGGACAAGUUGUUGCACGGGUUAAUAUCCUUGCAUCUGAAGGGGUGCAAAAAAAUUUUGAGGGUAAGUUGAUUGGAGCAGACCGAGCUAAGGAUCUUGCUGUCUUGAAGGUAGAAGCACCUGAAGAUUUGCUAAGGCCAAUCAUUGUGGGGCAGUCAAAUUCUCUAAAAGUUGGCCAGCAGUGUUUAGCAAUUGGAAAUCCAUUUGGUUUUGACCAUACCCUUACUGUUGGAGUUAUUAGUGGAUUGAAUCGUGAUAUUUUUAGUCAAACUGGAGUAACAAUUGGUGGGGGUAUUCAGACAGAUGCAGCCAUCAAUCCAGGGAACAGUGGAGGCCCUCUACUGGACUCAAAGGGGAAUCUGAUUGGGAUUAACACUGCAAUAUUUACUCAGACAGGAACAUCUGCUGGUGUUGGUUUUGCCAUCCCAUCUUCAACAGUACUUCAGAUAAUACCUCAGUUGAUACAGUUAGGCAAAGUCAUUCGAGCUGGUUUGAAUGUUGAGGUUGCUCCAGAUCUAAUUGCAAAUCAACUGAAUGUUCGAAAUGGGGUUCUUGUUUUGCAGGUUCCUGCAAAUAGUCUUGCAGCUAAGGCUGGUCUACUUCCAACAACAAGAGGCUUUGCUGGCAAUAUAAUUAUUGGGGAUAUAAUUGUUGCAGUUAACAGCAUACCUGUUAGAAACAAAGCAGAGUUAUCCAAGGUUUUGGAUAACUACAAUGUGGGGGAUAAGGUCCUACUCAAGGUUCAGAGGGGCAGUGAGAAUUUAGAGUUGCCUAUAAUUUUAGAGGAGAAAAGUUCCUAGCAGAAGCGAAGGCUGGUUCCUCCUUCAGAAUCUGGACAGUUGAUUCCAACAGAUGGAGGGUAUUCGUUUAUCAUUAUUCUUUCGAAAUGUAUUCAAUUGAAGUUUUGAAUUAUACAGAGGAUAAACGCCGAUUAAUGGGUAAUGUAAAUUUGGAAGAUGGGCUAAUAUAGUAAUAUGAAGAAAUUGCUGUUUGUUUUUCUGUC